AUGCAGCAGGGCUGGGGGAGGCAGGCCUCGGCCUCUCUGGUUCACCUGCGAGCUGGGAGCCUUCAAGGACAAGAGGAGUCCGUGGGCACCUUCAAGGGGAACGAGUUCUUCAGCUACAACCUGUCGCUGACGCCCAUCCAGAGCAGCCUGGACGAGAUCACGCUGUCCUUCCGCACGCUGCAGCGGAACGGCCUGCUGCUGCACACGGGCAAGUCGGCCGACUACGUCAACCUGUCGCUGCGGGGCGGCGCCGUGUGGCUGGUCGUCAACCUGGGCUCGGGCGCCUUCGAGGCGCUGGUGGAGCCGGCCAACGGCAAGUUCAACGACGACGCCUGGCACGAUGUGCGCGUGACGCGCAACCUGCGCCAGGUGACCAUCUCUGUGGAUGGGCUCCUGACCACCACGGGCUACACCCAGGAGGACUACACCAUGCUGGGCUCCGACGACCUCUUCUUCAUCGGUGGCAGCCCCAACACGGCCGACCUGCCCGGCUCCCCGAUCAGCAACAACUUCAUGGGCUGCCUCAAAGAUGUGGUCUACAAGAACAACGAGUUCAAGCUGGAGCUGUCGCGCCUGGCCGCCGAGCGCGACCCCAAGGUCAGCGUCCACGGCGACCUGGCCUUCCGCUGCGAGGACGUGGCCGCCCUGGAGCCCGUGACCUUCGACACGCCGGCCGCCUACCUCGCCCUGCCCCCGUGGAGCACCAAGAAGACGGGCGCCAUCUCCUUCGACUUCCGCACCACCGAGCCCGGAGGCCUGCUGCUGUUCAGCCACGGCCGUCCCCAGGGGCCCGGAGGGGGGCCCGCCGGCGCCGACCGCCAGCCCCGGGCCGACUACUUUGCCCUGGAGCUCCUGGACGGCUUCCUGUACCUGCUCAUGGACAUGGGAGAGAGGGGGCGGACAGGUGUCAUCUCGGUCAACGGCCGCGGCAGCCCCUUCUCUGCCAACGAGGGCAGCGAGAUCCUCGACCUGGACGGGGACAUGUACCUGGGGGGUCUGCCCGAGGAGCGCCAGGCCCUGCCGCUGCCCCCGGGGGUGUGGACGGCGCCCCUCAACCUGGGCUACGUGGGCUGCGUGCGGGACAUGUUCGUCGACGGGCGCAGCCGGGACCUGCGCGCCCUGGCCGAGGUCCAGAGCGCCUCCGGGGUCAGCGGCCUCUGCACCAGGGAGACCCACGUCCGCUGCGCCCGGGACACCUGCUCCAACGGGGGCCUGUGCCGAGAGGGCUGGAACCGCCAUGUGUGCGACUGCACCGGGACGGGCUACCUGGGCGCCAGCUGUGAGACCGAGGCGGCGGUGCUGAGCUACGACGGCAGGAUGUUCCUCAAGGUGGUGAUGCCGGAGACUCUGCACACCGAAGCCGAGGACGUCUCUCUGCGCUUCAUGUCCCAGAGGGCCUUUGGGCUGCUGGUGGCCACCACGUCCCAGGAGUCCGCCGACACGCUGAGGCUGGAGCUGGAUGGAGGCAGGGUCAAGCUCACCGUCAACCUGGAUUGUAUCAGGAUAGACUGUAACCUCAGUCGAGGACCAGAGAUGCUGCUCGCCGGCCAGAAGCUCAACGACAACGAGUGGCACUCGGUGAAGGUGGUCCGGCGCGGCAAGAACCUGCAGCUCUCCGUCGACAACGUGACCGUGGAAGGCCUCUUGACCGGCGCUCACACGCGCCUGGAGUUCAACCACGUCGAGACGGGCAUCAUGACGGAGCGCCACUUCAUCACCGCCGCGCCCUCCAACUUCAUAGGCCACCUGCAGGCCCUCUCCUUCAACGGCGUGCCCUACCUGGACCAGUGCAAGAACGGCGACAUCUCCUACUGCGAGCUCAACGCCCGCUUCGGCAUGCGGCGCAUCGUCGCCGACCCCGUGUCCUUUGUGACGCGGGCCGGCUACAUGACCCUGGCCACCUUGCAGGCCUACGCCUCCAUGCACCUCUUCUUCCAGUUCAAGACCACCAGCCCGGACGGCCUGCUGCUCUUCAACGCGGGAGACGGCAGCGACUUCAUCGUGGUGGAGCUGGUCAAAGGCUACAUCCAUUACGUGUUCGACCUGGGCAACGGGCCGUCGCUGAUGAAGGGCAACUCCGACAAGCCCCUCAACGACAACCAGUGGCACAACGUGGUGGUCUCCCGGGACGACGGCAACGUGCACAUCCUCAAGAUCGACUCGCGCACCGUGACACAGCACUCGAGCGGAGCCCGUCACCUUGACCUUAAAGGGAACCUGCACAUUGGUGGCGUGCCAAAGAGCAUGUACGGCAGCCUGCCCAAGCUGAUCGCGUCGCGGGACGGCUACCAGGGCUGCCUGGCCCUGGUGGACCUGAACGGGAGACUUCCGGACCUGAUGGCGGACGCUUACCAGACAUCUGGCCCCGUGGAGCGAGGCUGCGGAGGUGUCAGCAGCACCUGUAUGGAGGACUCCUGCCACCACCAGGGGGUGUGUCUGCAGAUGUGGGAGGGCUUCACCUGCGACUGCAGCAUGACCACCUACGGGGGCCAGUUCUGCUCGGACCGUGAGUACACAUCCGUAUGA